CCAACAAGAUGGAUCAAAGAGAACACCAAUAUCUGAAGGCCCUCAGUAUAUGCAUCUGGCUCUACAACUUCAUCUUGAGAUCUUUAUGCUUCUUUUAGAGGUGAUCAUAAACAAGACGGCGAAAGAGGCCUCUCAAGCUCAUUGCGGCGAAGAGACGAGUGAUGCAUCAGUUAGUUUUGAGAUGACAAUGUCAAAAGAUCAUGAAGCUAGGUCCAUAGGAGGAACUUCUUUGCGUUGUUUUGCUUGUCGUUGAAGCAAAACAACGAAAUAAAGUAGCGAGCAUAAAUGACAGGGUCGAGGAGAUAGAUGUGGGUAGAAAGCAGAAGAUUACAAGAAGGGAUCGUGUGGAAAAUUGGCUUCAUGCAAAAGGCAAGUAGGUGAUGAAAAAAGCCUUUGACUGAAUAUGGUAUUUAUUUUGGGCCGCCUCCUCUCUCUCCCAUUGCCCCAAUCCCUCUUCCACUUGGAUCGGCCGCUACCCUCCUCUCGCCUCCCGGAUUUCCCUCCCCGUCCGUGCGGAGCGCUACACUGAUCGACGACCUACAGCUCUCUUUCACUUUGGUGUUGGGGCCGACAUUCUUUCUCUAUCAAUCCAUCUCUCCUUCGCUCAAUAUUCUUUCUCUGUCCCAGUGUUUGCCGGCGACGGCAGAGCUGUGCUCUUUGCCAAAGUGGUCGGGUAUGACCCAGUUGGAUUGCCGGUCCAGGUUCAACCGACCGGGUCCAAACGGGUUAACAAGCAACGUACCAAAUUUCCUUUUUCCCUCCUUGAUCAUAUCCCAAAGUCGUACUUCUCAUUGUUAGUAAGCCUCUUAGGAGAAUCACUUCAGUCUUUUCCAAGUCCCACAACGAAAAAGCCACCAAAGAAAGCAAGAGGAAUCCGCGAUUAUUAUUAUGGGUGUUGGCUGCUCUUCUUCUCUCCCUCCCACUGUUAAUAAUCCCCAUUGCUCAAUCACUUUCCCUCAUACAUCAGCACAUGCGAACCCAACCUCGAAUUACCUCCCAAUAAAUUGGCUCGCCAGAGCUCAUCUCCAGAAACCCACAAAAUCCCCCAUUUCCAAACGCCUUUUCACGCUCAAUUCUGCUCCAAAGACUCCGACUUUGAAGUGCGGAAGAACUACCCAGAUGGAGAUUGAAGGUGGAAGUGAUUCUAAACCCAUAUUGGAUUUGCACAGUCUAGAUGACAAUUUGGUCCAAAAGAUGGUCUACGAUGCCCUUGUUUGGAGCUCUCUCCAUGGCCUUGUUGUUGGUGACAGAAAUGUCCAGAGAUCAGGAACGGUACCUGGAAUUGGGAUGGUGCACGCUCCUUUUGCAUUGUUGCCAACCGUAUUCCCAGAAAAUCAAUGGAAUUUAGCGUGUGAAGUGGCACCGAUUUUCAAUGAACUUGUUGAUCGUGUGAGUUUGGAUGGGAAGUUCUUGCAGGAGUCAUUAUCCAGAACUAAGAAAGUUGAUGCUUUUACUUCAAGGCUUCUGGACAUUCAUUCAAAGAUGCUAGAAAUUAACAAGAAAGAGGAGAUACGAUUGGGUUUACACCGUUCGGAUUACAUGCUUGAUGAAAAAACUAAGCUUCUGCUUCAAAUAGAACUAAACACAAUCUCUACAUCAUUCCCCGGUCUCGGUUCUGUGGUUAGUGAGCUUCACAGGAGCUUGCUGAAGAAUUAUGGGGAGCACCUUGGAUGUGAUGUUAACCGUACACCAUCUAAUGACGCUGCAAAUCGGUUCUCAGAGGCCCUAGCCAAAGCUUGGAUUGAAUAUAAUAACCCUAAGGCUGUAAUCAUGGUUGUUGUUCAACCUGAAGAGCGCAACAUGUAUGACCAACAUUGGCUCUCUUUCAACCUCAAGGAAAGACAUAACGUUACAAUGAUCCGGAAGACAAUGGCAGAAAUUGAUAAAGAAGGGGAAAUUCAGCCUGAUGGAACACUUCUUGUGGGUGGCCAUGCGAUAGCCAUCAUAUACUUUAGAGCUGGCUAUGCACCAACUGAUUAUCCUUCAGAAGCAGAAUGGAGAGGUAGACUACUGAUGGAGCAUUCAUCAGCCAUUAAGUGUCCUUCCAUAUCUUAUCAUUUAACAGGAACCAAGAAGAUACAGCAAGAACUUGCAAAACCUAACGUGCUUGAGAAAUUUAUUGAUAACAAGGAGGACAUUGCCAAGCUAAGAAAAUGCUUUGCUGGACUCUGGAGUCUAGAUGAUGCAGAUAUUGUUGACACAGCAAUUGAAAAGCCACAUCUAUUCGUGAUGAAGCCCCAAAGAGAAGGGGGAGGGAAUAAUAUCUAUGGUGAUGAUGUGAGGGAAGCCCUUCUUAGACUGCGGAAAGAUGGGAAAGAACAGAAUGCUGCCUACAUCCUCAUGCAGAGAAUCUUUCCUACAGAUUCUGCCACGUUUUUGGUGCGUGAUGGAAAUUGUCAUAAAGAUCAUGCUGUAUCGGAACUUGGAAUCUAUGGCGCUUAUCUGAGGAACAAGGAUAAGGUUAUUGUAAAUGAGAGAAGCGGUUACUUGAUGAGGACAAAGGUGUCGUCAUCGAACGAAGGAGGAGUUGCAGCUGGAUUUGCAGUCCUGGACAGUAUAUACUUGACUUAAAAUAUGAAAGCAUCUCUCUGUUCUUACAAGCUACACCUUCACUCAUUUGACCCCUCAAGAUUGCAUACUUCAAAGCUCUUCGGUGGAACGUGGGAUGUAACAUUGUCAAAGUAGAUGCAUGUUUUAUCCUAUAUAUUUUGGAGAAAAUGUUAGCCUGAAGUGAAAUUACUUGCAUUAGAUCACCAUUUAGAUAUCAUUAUAUAUUACAAUCCAGCCAGCCAUCAAUGGCCUUCAUGUUCCUUGAGGGGAUUCCUCUUUUUUUUUUUUAAUAACUCCAUGUAGAUUUA